UCAUCAUGGCGUCCUUGAUAGUCGAAUACAUUUGUUAUCAAAGUGAUAAAGUAAAAGAUUAACAAAUGUCUCGUCUGUUUUCUUCGCAUCGGCAACAUUAAGUGAUUUUUUUUAUUACUGCAUAAGUUCUUUUUGAGAAAAUUGUUGGUAAUGGCGCGUAAUGCGGAAAAAGCGAUGGCCAUGAUGUCCAGAUGGACGGCCAUGGUAAGAGACGAAGGAAAAGUUACGGAAAGACGUCCUUAUCUUGCAACUGAAUGCUCUGACUUGCCAAAGGCAGAGAAAUGGAGAAGACAGAUUAUUGGUGAAGUUUCGAAGAAAGUUGCCCAGAUCCAAAAUGCUGGUCUUGGAGAAUUUCGAGUUAGAGACCUAAAUGAUGAGAUUAACAAAUUGUUGCGUGAAAAACGACAUUGGGAAGAUAGGAUAUUACAGCUAGGUGGACCAGAUUACAAGAGAGUUGGUCCAAGAAUGUUGGAUCAUGAAGGAAAGGAAGUUCCAGGCAACAGAGGAUAUAAAUACUUCGGAGCGGCAAAAGAUUUACCUGGUGUUCGAGAGCUUUUUGAACAAGAACCUCCCGCACCUCCUCGUAAAACAAGAAGUGAACUUAUGAGAAAUAUUGACGCUGAUUACUAUGGAUACCGGGAUGAAGACGAUGGAGUGUUGGUGCCUCUUGAAGAGAAAGCUCAGAAAAAAGCCUUGGAAAAGGCCAUGUCAGAUUAUGAGAAGCAAAAAGCCACAGGAGAGGUGGCUCAAGUUGAAGAAGAAGAAGACAUAUAUGCUACUGUUGCUGAAGAUAAUGAAAGUGAUGAAGAUAAGGAAAGUGAAGAACAAGAUGAAAGCAAAUUUGUCUCACAUGUAGCCGUACCAUCGCAGGAAGAGGUUGAAGCUUUGUUAGUUCAAAGGAAGAAAAUGGAACUGCUGGAGAAAUAUGCUAGUGAAACGCUAAUGCAACAGAGUCAAGAUGCCAAAACACUUCUUGGUUUAACGUGAAAACACUUCUUGGUUUAACAUGAAAACACUACUUGUCGAAAAGUUAAACAAAAAUAUUUAUAAUCUCUAUAACUUUAGAGGGAAAAAACAUAAUUACAAAAUGGCAAAGUUCA